AUGAUUUAUUCUUUGCCAACAGAAGCAAAACUUGAUAUUCUUAAAUUCCUCAAUUAUGAAGAAUUGUAUUCAAUUAAACAAACAAAUUUAUAUUUUCGUGAUUUUAUUACUCAUUUUGAGGGAGAACUUGCACGAGAUGAAUUAUUUAUGAUAAUUCUUAGAGAUAUCGGUCAAUCCAAUAAUGGUAGAUUAAUUAGACCCGGAGCUGGAAAUUUUAACUUUGCCUUAUUUGAUGAGCAACAUAAAGAAAUAAAUGAACAGCUUGAAGAAAAGUGGAAUAAGGAACUAGAAAACCCAAUUCCUCUAUAUUUACCUCUUCAAGAUUCAGACAACACUGUUAUUUGUUUAUCUAAAAAAGUCAAAUUUGAAGGUUAUUUUUCUAACUUUAAAAAUAGAAAGAACUAA